GACAGUAAUAAUAGCAAUACAUGGCGGAACAGCCUAGACGUUCUGUACGGUUCAUCUGCCAUAAAUGAAUUCACAGUAAUAUUUGGCGGAGCAGCAUGGACUCGUCCGAAUCAUGCGGAACCGACGCUGCCGUUCCCGCGCCGGAACCGAGCCCGAAACCCGAGCUCUCUGCCGCGAUGCGGGCUAAAAUCGAGAGGAACCGUCAGCGGGCUCUGAUGCUCCGGCAGGCCCGACUAGCCAGCCGCCCUUUGUCCGCCUUGGAAGGCGCAACGUCGGCUACAGUUUCCAAGACUAUCGACUCCGGUGCGGGGUUCUUCAUCGAGGAGGAGGAGGACGGAGGGGAUGAGCAGAAAGCGAAGAAGGUGGUGCACCAGCCAGCCCCGGUGAUUGAAGCAGAGUACCUGGUGUGUGAAGACUGCCACAAACCCUUCAUGGACUCGUUCCUCAGCAACAGCUUUGCCGUGUCGGUGUGUGACAAAUGCAGAGACAUCGAGGAUAAGCACAAGCUGAUCUCCAAAACGGAGGCCAGGUGGCGCUACCUGCUGAAGAACUGCGACUUCGACAAGAGAGAUCCUCCUCUCACGUUCAUCCUGAGGAAAAACCCCCACAACACCCGCUGGGGCGACAUGAAGCUCUACCUCCAGAUGCAGGUAGUAGAAAGAAGUUUAGAGGUUUGGGGUUCAGAAGAGGCGCUGGAGGAGGCCAGAGAGAGGAGGGAAGGAAACAAAGAGGCACAGAAACAAAAGCGCUUCAACAAGAAGGUCAAAGAGUUGCGCAGGGCGGUGAGGAGCAGCGUGUGGACCAAAAACACCAGCGUUCACCAGCAUGAGUACGGACCAGAAGAGGUGGUGGACCCAGAGGAGGACCUUUAUAAGAAAAAGUGCACCACCUGUGGGCAUGAACUUACCUAUGAGAAGAUGUAACACACACAGUUGUAAACUCUGGUCAGGUGGAACAAAAUGUGUGGUGCUUCUCCUUGAGAGCAGAGGGAUUCAGACAAUGUGAUUUCAAACAUCUUUAGAAAAAAAAAAAAGCUUUUUUUAUAUCAAAAUAAUUUAAAAUGGAAAAGUUUUG